UUAGACAUAAUUUGAAAUUCUAUUUAAAUCAAUAUGUUUUCGAUGUAAUAAUUGUUUUGAUAUUCUGAAUAUUGCAGAUUAUUGAUGGCAUACCUUAAGAGGUCAUAAGUCGUCAACUUGCCGAUCACGCCACGAACGAAUUAUUCAUGAUCGACGAUGCCAUGGCUUCCGUUCUUCUAUAUAUAUUUAUUCUCCUGCAUCUACUGUUUGUUGUAGCAUGAAAAUCAAUAAAGAAUGACAAGUCAUUUUACAUCUUGCGGAAAACACAAUUUAAGCACGCGAGUGUAAUGUCAUGACGGAUACUUGUUUUUUUUUUUUUAAAUUAUUUAUUGCAAACUGUAAAAAUAUAUAUUUUUGUCGACUUCUUAUGUGUUAACAUUGAGACGGAUAUAAAACAUGUCUUUGGUUAGGAUUGAAGACUAUUUUACGUGUGAUAGGAAUAUUUAUCAGUAGGUGAGAUGAUGAUCUAAGAGAGACGAGACUUGAUCUGAACUUAACUAUAUCUAUAGCAUCUACAUAUGCUUCAACAUCAAAAUUUGUCUUAAAUACAUGACUCACGUUAUGGAUUUAGAAUUUUGUUUCUUCAUAUAUAUGUCUGAAGAAUUUUGACGUAAGAAGGUGAUAAAUCAACACUUCGGCCAUGUGAGUCAAGAUUGUAAUCAUUUACAAAUCGACACAAAACUGUUACAUAGAAGCUGAUACACUAAUACUACAUAAUUGAGAUUAACAGCUAAAAAGAAUAUGCUUUUGCAAAACAGGAAACGUUUCCAAAGAACGGAAACAGUACUAAACAAACGACUGAAAUGGUUAUUUUGUGUAUGUUUAAUAGUAACAGCAUUUAUAGUCUGUUUUGUAUUCGUCGUGCCAGAUCAUCAUAUGGUACAAAUUAUUUCUCAAAGGGAUCAUGUUGAAAUAGUGGUAACUAGAAACCAUAGUAGUUUAGAAAUGAGAAAACAAAGCAGUGGUUCAGAUUCUCUAUUCGAGAAUCCUUCAAAUCAUUUACAAUCGUACAGAUUUGAUUUAAUAGUCAAAAUGGUUUAUGCAUAUUUCUAUGUUUACAAGAAGCGAGUUCCAAGCGUAAUAGAAGAUGCAUAUACUGAACAUAUUCGAGUGUGGAACCAUUUCAUAGAAUACUGUAGCAACACUAACAUGUCCUGGUUCGAUGGGAAACUACCAUGCAGAAAUAAGAAAAAUCAGUCUGAUUUCAUUUUAUCAUUUCAUAAAACGAUAGAAGCCAUAAAAACGAGUGGAUUUAAUUCUAGCAGAUCGAGGAUUCCGUUGGACAAAAUAGGAUUUCUUCUUAAUGGUGCACAUAGAAUAUCGGCUUCAAUAAUAUUAUCAAAGAAUGCAUGUUUUGAACAUCACAGUUAUAAACAGCGUUCCUUUAAUUGGGGAUAUAAGUUCUUUAAAGGCAGAGGAUUGUCGGAGAAGACGUCGAAUAUGGUCAUGUUGGAAUGGAUGAAAAUCCAGUUGAAGCUUCCAUCCUUGAAAACUUUGGUUUAUAUUGUUUCCGUAUUUUCAAAUAAUCGCAGCAAAGAUGACGCUAUGCGUAAAAUUGUGAAAGAACAAUGCUCAAAAGACAAUGGCAUUUUAUAUGAAAGAGAAAUCAACUUCACUAAAAGUGGAAUGCGGCAAUUAAUCACUCAUAUGUAUGGGCAACAAGCUUGGCUGCAGACAAAAAUUCAACAUAUGCUUUCAAAAUUCAAUUCAACAUACAGUGCCAUAUUUUUAUUUGUCUAUGCACAACGCAACAGAGAUUUAGUUCAGUGUAAAAAUAAAGUAAGAAAGCUUUACACUGAUAAUAUCUUUAAAUCCAGUGUUCACAUUCCCGAUACUACAGAAGAGAAUGUAAUUCUUGCAGAAAUGAUACUUAAUCCAAAUUCCAUACAAUUGAUGAACUACGCAAAGAAUGCGUCUGAUUGUAAAUUAAUUGCAAAAGAAGUUGCCAGACGUUCAUCUAUUGCACCGAUAAAGACACUGCCAGGUAUCUGUGUGGGAGGAGAUGACGUCAUGAUUGACUCAGGAACAGUGCUUGGAUUUUAUGGCCUGCGCAAACGAACAGAUGUUGACCUUUUAUUUUUGCACGAGGUUGACAAAGCUUUACUUGGAAAUGAUCAUGGAAUUUCUAUUCAAGCUCAUGCUUUCAAGAACAAUUCCAUUUCACAGGGGCGCGCAUGGGGAGAAGACCAUUUUACUGACAAUGGGGCAACGGACAAAUGGGAUUUGUUUUAUGAUCCAAAAAAUUAUGGCUAUUGUUAUGGUAUCAAAUUCGUAUCAUUGAAACAAUUGGUUAGAUACAAAGUGAAGCGAAAUGAGCCGAAAAAAGAUUCAUUCGAUGUAGAGCUCAUUAACAAAUUUCUUGAGACCAUUACUUAAAAUCUAUCUAUCUAUCUAUCUACCUAGCUACCUGCCUACCUACCUACCUAUCUAUCUAUCUAUCUAUUGGUCGGUCCGUCCGUCCAGUCUGUCUGACUGUCUUUCCUAUAUACAGACUUUCCUACGUACUACCUACUUACUGCUUCAGAUCUGUUUAAAAUUUAUUUUUGAAAGCUGGUUACGUAAUCUAUUCUACUUUUUGAUACAGGUAUCACUGGAAUAUCAGACUAAUUCUUAAAAGUUUAGUCAUACAAUUACAUUAAAUUUGACAAUUUCAUGUACAUAAAAUCUAAAAGAAGAUCAUAUGGAAGCAAAGAAAACCACCAUGCAAAAUAAUGGCAGACCAUACUUGAUUGGUUCUGUCCUUCGGACUGUAAACGUUCAAAAGUACCGGAACCAAAUUACCAGAAAAUAUAAUUACAGUCCAAGAGUCCAAGUACUUAGUGAUAGUUUACGUUUAUCAGACAGUACUUUAAUAUUGCUGUUGUGAUAGUGAAUAAUCUUUAAGAAUGUACUUUAGAACCACGGAAUAUGAUUUAGCAAUAUAAAAACAAAAUCGUUUUGAUUCAUUCUGUGCUUGAAAGGUGAUGAGUUAUCAUUUAACCUGCCUUACGCGAAUUACCAUCGGCCUGUGCGGAACUAAUUUAUACACAUACAGUCAGUGAAUGUACUUAGACCAGAAAGCAUCACAACACUGAGUUAAAAUACUUGACGGCAUUCACGAUUAAUACAACAAUUAAAUUAUAAUAAAAGUUCGAAUAAAUUAUUACAUCUGUUUUGUCUGACUGGGUUCCAAACAAAAUAGAUUGAAUUUAAGUGGUGAAAUAGUUUUAAAAAUUGUUUUGAAAUACACCAGUUAUUUUUAUUUACAUCAGCUUUGUACAUUUUAUUUAGGCCAUUUCACAAUUUCAUGAUAUGUAUAUAAUUAGAAUUAAUAUGUAUAGAUAAGUAUAUAAUAAAAAGGUUAUUAGCUUUG